UCGAAAUUUAAAAAGAAUAAUUUCGAUUAAAAAUGUCGAAAUUACAAGAAAAAAAAUCGCAACUACGUAAUAAAUCUGAAAAAACGAGGCUAGUCGAGGCAGGAACCCAGGCAAACCUUCCAGUUUGCUAUAGGAUGCCGAGCCGAAAAGAUGAUUUUCACGACAUAAUAAUGGAAUUUACAAUAAAUUGUCUUUUGGACCAACCAAAGGAUUUAGUCGACUAUGCUGCUGAAUAUUUUGCAACUAUACAAGAACCAAAUAAAGCAAUAGUCGUUGAAGAAAAAUGCAAUCAAGAACCAUCGGAACCUAAAGAAAUCGAAUCUGAAACCCAAGAAAUCUGUACCUUACCGAUAGACGACAUAUUAUCUAAAACAGAUGAGCCUGAAUACAAUCCUUUGUUGAAAUUUUAAUUAGAAG